CAGUUCUCUAGUUGUUAUCACAUCAUCAGCAUUUAGAAACAAAGUCCACUGAGCUGAUACCAGGGGUCAAAGGUCACUGCAGACAGGAGAAGUGAUUCUGCUGACACUGCAGAAAGACGAGAGGCCGAGCAGCAGAGAGGAACCAGGACUCCACAACGUGACGGAGACGGGAAGAAGAUCCCUGCCUGGAGACCAGAGGAGCCUUGGACCUGAACCAGGAGGACUAGUCUGGAGGGUUCUGGUCCGCGGUCGCCGUGGAGACACUGAAGUUCAUCUGGUCCUCUGUUCAUCUGGUCCUCCGUUCAUCUGGUCCUCAGUUCAUCUGGUCCUCCGUUCAUCUGGUCCUCCGUUCAUCUGGUCCUCAGUUCAUCUGGUCCUCCGUUCAUCUGGUCCUCAGUUCAUCUGGUCCUCUGUUCAUCUGGUCCUCAGUUCAUCUGGUCCUCAGUUCAUCUGGUCCUCAGUUCAUCUGGUCCUCCGUUCAUCUGGUCCUCAGUUCAUCUGGUCCUCCGUUCAUCUGGUCCUCCGUUCAUCUGGUCCUCAGUUCAUCUGGUCCUCAGUUCAUCUGGUCCUCUGUUCAUCUGGUCCUCAGUUCAUCUGGUCCUCCGUUCAUCUGGUCCUCAGAGGAUGAUGGCCGUCUCCUCACCAAGAGACAAGUAUUCUGCCGUCUGGCUAGUCUUCUUCAUGCUGGGUUUGGGGACGCUGCUGCCCUGGAACUUCUUCAUGACUGCUACCAUGUACUUCACGGACCGUCUGAAGGACUCCUCAUUGGCUCGUUCUUCAGCCAAUCAGACGGAGGCAUCGAGUGAACAUCGCAGCCCUCUCGAGGCCAAAUUCAACAACGUGAUGACGCUGUGCGCCAUGUUGCCGCUGCUGCUCUGCACCUGCCUCAACUCCUUCCUGCUCUCGCUUGUUUCUCAGCGCCUGCGUGUUAUGGGCAGUCUGACCAUCAUCAUGUUGGUCUUCAUCGCUACUGCUGUCCUUGUCAAAGUUCCUCUGGAGCCACUGCCCUUUUUCUCCAUCACCAUGGUGAAGAUCAUCAUCAUCAACUCGUUCGGGGCGGUGCUCCAGGGCAGUCUGUUCGGGAUGGCCGGGCUGCUCCCGGCUUCCUACACGACGCCCAUCAUGAGCGGCCAGGGCCUCGCCGGGAGCUUCGCUGCCUUCGCCAUGAUCUGUGCCAUCGCAAGUGGCUCAGAGCUUCAGAAUGCAGCAUUUGGCUAUUUUAUCACGGCCUGUUUUGUUAUUGGUCUGUCUGUCCUUUCCUACAUCCUGUUGCCUAAACUGAAGUUCUUCCAGUUUUAUCAGGAGAGAAACGGGAACCCGAGACCCGAGGAGGAGAACUCCGUCACUCUGAUGACCAGAGGUGAGGCAGCUGACCAGGACAUGAAACAGAACGUUUCCAUGAUAAACAUCUUUAAGAAGAUCUGGCUGCUGGCUCUGUUGGUCUGUUUCAACUUCACCGUCACCAUCGGAACGUACCCCUCCAUCACCGCGGACACCAGGUCCACCCUCGCCAACGGAGGCUCCUGGGACAAGUUCUUCAUCCCAGUCAGCUGUUUCCUCCUCUUCAACCUGAGUGACUGGGCCGGGCGGAGCUUCACGGCCUUCUGUAUGUGGCCGAGGAAGGACAGCGUGGUGCUUCCCGUCUCCAUCUUGGGUCGUCUCCUCUUCGUCCCUCUUUUCAUGCUGUGUAACGUUCAUCCUCGUCAUCACCUGCCCAUCUUGUUCCACCACGAUGGCUGGUUCAUCUUCUUCAUCAUCCUCUUCGCCUUCAGUAAUGGCUACCUGGCCAGCCUCUGCAUGUGCUUUGGUCCAAAUCCUUUUGACUUCACGUCUCAUGGGGUCAUCGGACCCUAUGAGACGGCAUAGAUCCUAUCUGCUGAUGGAUCAUCGAGGUCUGGGUCGUGGAAUUCCUGCUCCUGACUACGCCACUGUCCUGUUGAGACUCCGCCCACUGUUGAGACUCCGCCCACUCCUCCUGCCCACCGCCAUCUGCCUGAUGGAUCGUGGAGGUCUCCAUCGUGGAAUAUGCCUACUAUGAACUAUUCAUACACUCUGUCAUAUUCAUUGAAUGUAUUUUAACUCUAAAUCUGUCCUUCUGUACACAUUACAUCUAUUGCAUCUGUCCAUCCUGGAGAGGGAUCCUCCUCUGUUGCUCUCCUCCAGGUUUCUUCCCUUUUUUCCCCCUGAAGGGUUAUUUGGGAGUUUUUCCUGGUCCGAUGUGAGGUUUUGGGGCAGGGAUGUCUAUGUGUACAGAUUGUAAAGCACUCCGAGACAAAUUUGUAAUUUGUGAAAUUGGGCUAUACAAAUAAACUGAAUUGAAUUGAAUGUCCGCUUCCUUUCAAACAUUGCAUGAGAGAUCUAUUCACAAUGACCUGAUCUGGUACAAAUAAUGUCAUAUUUUGUAUAAAGUGUGAAUCACUUAUCAA